AUGAUGAAAGCUUCAGUUAAGUUUCGAGAAGAUGAGAAAAAACCUUUAUUCAGAGCCAAAGUUGCUCUCAACAUCUUGGGCUUUCCAUUUCGGUACGGCGUCGAAGCCGGAGACGCCACAGACCUGCGUUUUAACCUCUCCACCUUCUUUGAAUCCGGGCCGUUGAUCAAAUUCUCUUACCGCCACAAUGAUUCUCUCACCCCUUUCGCCGUUGCCGUCAAGACCGGAAUCGGCCGCUUCGGGUCCCCGAUCGGGGCUCCCAUAGCCAUGGCUGCUGAGUUCAACCUCCUUGGUACUGGAAGUCCCAGUUUCUUCAUCCAUUUCAGGCCUCAGAUCGGUGAUUUCUCCAUCAAACGAUCUAUGCAGUCGCAGAUCGCUUUGCCGCCUCAGUCUUCGAUUUUCACUCCCAAAUUCAAGGCGCCUGCUGACGGCGCCGAUUUGGAGGUCGAUGGAUCGGUUGACGAUGCAGAACCGCCAGGGGCAACCGGGAAGAGAAUCAGUUUUCCCGUUGGAAAAGUGAUCGAUAGUGUGUUUUCUGGCGUGGAGUUGAGUGCGGGGACUGCUGUACGGUUGAUGAACCGUGCCGUGCUGAAACUCAGGUGGAACCUUAAGUUUCCGGCGGAGUUCAAACCUACCUGCGCCGGAGACAACAUCACGAAUCAGACGGCCGGGAUAUCUGGCGACAAAGCCCCUUUCCUUGUGCUAAGCAAAAUCGGAAUCGAACACGUGGCAGCUGAUAACAGCCCGCACAGCAGCACUGGCGUGGCAGGGACGUGUUUGUCAAUGAAGCGUGAGCUGGACGCUUUACGAGCACAGAACGAGUCAUUGAGAAAAGGAAUAGCCGAGCUCCGGUCAGAAAUCAACGCUGGAAAGUAUUCUCCGGUACAGAUAAUUGGAGGGAAGGCUCCAGGAGACGACGGAGUCACCGGUAAAGAAACUGACGGGAAUGCCACGAGCAGCGCCGGUACGUAA